CUUGCAAACAGGCCGGGCCGGGUGUCUGAGCUGCCUUUGCGUUGCGUCGGGGCCGGGUUGCGGGUGGCCUGGCGGCCGGGGCCCGGGGAACCGGGCUCGCUGCAGGUGGACCGCAGAGCGGGGUCCGGGCGUCCCGGGCUGCAGGCGGGCGGCUGGAGCCUCGCCGGGAGCCCCGCCGGGGGUCGCGGGCUACCCGGCACUCACCCCGGCCCUUCUUCCUCCCAGCAGACCCUGCCUGCGGGCCGCCGACCGCAACCAUGGUCUCCAAGUCCGACCAACUGCUCAUCGUCGUGUCCAUCCUAGAAGGUCGCCAUUUCCCCAAACGUCCAAAACAUAUGCUUAUAGUAGAAGCAAAGUUUGAUGGAGAACAGUUGGCUACUGAUCCUGUGGACCAUACUGACCAGCCAGAAUUUGCUACUGAGUUAGCCUGGGAAAUUGACAGGAAAGUGCUUCAUCAGCACAGGCUACAGCGUACUCCUAUCAAACUCCAGUGUUUUGCCUUGGAUCCCUUAUCUUCAGUCAGGGAAACUAUAGGUUACAUUGUUCUAGACUUAAGAACUGCUCAAGAAACAAAGCAGGCACCAAAAUGGUACCAGUUGCUGAGUAAUAAAUACACCAAGUUCAAGUCUGAGAUACAGAUAAGCAUUGCUUUGGAAACAGAUACAAAGGCACCAGUGGAUAGUUUUAAAGCAAAGGGAGCGCCUCCCCGAGAUGGAAAAGUACCUGCCAGCCUAUCUGGACUUGACCCAAAGGACAUUGUGGCAGUGCUGAAUGAGGAGGGAGGCUACCAUCAGAUUGGACCAGCAGAGUAUUGUACUGACUUCUUCAUUAUGUCUGUGACCAUCGCAUUUGCCACCCAGUUGGAACAGUUAAUUCCGUGUACCAUGAAACUUCCAGAAAGACAGCCUGAGUUUUUCUUUUACUAUUCUUUAUUGGGAAAUGAUGUUACAAAUGAACCCUUUAAUGAUUUGAUCAACCCAAACUUUGAGCCAGAGAGAGCAUCUGUUCGAAUACGCAGCAGUAUAGAAAUUCUUCGUGUUUACCUGGCUCUUCAGUCCAAACUACAGAUCCAUCUUUGCUGUGGAGACCAGUCACUUGGAAGUACAGAAAUACCCUUAACCGGAUUACUAAAAAAGGGUAGUACAGAAAUCAACCAUCGCCCAGUCACAGUUGAGGGUGCUUUUACCCUUGACCCUCCUAACCGAGCCAAACAAAAGCUUGCACCUAUUCCUGUGGAGCUAGCCCCCACUGUGGGAGUGUCUGUGGCUCUGCAGAGAGAAGGCACAGACGCCCAGUCUUUAAUUGAAUUAAAGACCCAGAAUGAACAUGAACCACACCAUUCAAAGAAGAGAGUUUUAACCCCUGUAAAGGAGAAGAGACAUACUGGGCCAAAGUCACCAAGCGUGUCCCCUGUUCCACCUCACAACCAGUCACCUCCAACAAAAGAUGAUGCAACAGAAAGUGAAGUGGAAAGCUUACAGUAUGAUAAGGACACAAAACCCAAUUCAAAGGCUAUCGGUUCUUCUGUACCUGCUUUAUUGGCCCAGCCAGUGACUACAUCCAUUGCUUCAGAAACAGCUUCAGGACAGAAGAUUGCUGUUCCUGCAACAUCACAUCAUUUUUGCUUUUCACUAGACUUAAGGAGUAUCCAUGAUUUGGAAGUUGGUUUUCCAGUCAACUGUAUAUUAAGGUAUUCAUAUCCUUUCUUUGGAAGUGCAGCUCCUAUUAUGACUAAUCCUCCCGUAGAAGUUCGGAAAAACAUGGAAGUUUUUCUUCCCCAGUCUUACUGUGCAUUUGAUUUUGCAACUAUGCCUCAUCAGCUGCAGGAUACCUUCCUAAGGAUUCCAUUGCUGGUUGAAUUAUGGCACAAGGAUAAAAUGAGUAAAGAUUUGCUUCUGGGAAUUGCCAGAAUCCAGCUUUCUAACAUCUUGUCUUCGGAAAAAACUCGCUUUUUAGGUUCUAACGGUGAACAGUGUUGGCGACAAACUUUCAGUGAAAGUGUGCCUUUUAUAGCAGCACAAGGGUCAAAUAACAGGAUAGUCGAUCUUUCUUACACAGUGACUUUAGAAGAUUACGGACUAGUGAAAAUGCAUGAGAUUUUUGUCUCUGAUUCAUCUCAGGGUUUAUCUGCUGUACAGCAGAAGCCAGCUUCUGUUCCUCCAGCACCAGAAAUCCAGACAGAGCCUCGUGAAACCUUAGAAUACAAAGCAGCACUUGAGCUGGAAAUGUGGAAGGAGAUGCAAGAAGACAUUUUUGAAAAUCAGCUAAAGCAGAAAGAACUGGCUCAUAUGCAAGCUCUUGCAGAAGAAUGGAAGAAAAGGGACCGAGAGAGAGAAUCACUAGUAAAGAAAAAGGUGGCUGAGUAUACAAUUCUCGAAGGAAAACUUCAAAAAACCCUAGGUGACUUGGAGAAGCGAGAGCAGCAGCUUGCCGUUGCAGAAUCAGAGCUUCAAAGGGAAAGAAGGGAACUGAAAUCAGAACAUGAACGGAACCUGCAAGAACUCCAGGAUUCUAUCCGUAGGGCCAAAGAAGAUUGUGUUCACCAAGUAGAACUAGAAAGGUUGAAGAUGAAGCAACUAGAAGAGGAUAAACACCGACUUCAGCAGCAGCUCAAUGAUGCUGAAAAUAAGUAUAAGAUCUUGGAAAAAGAGUUCCAUCAGUUCAAGGACCAGCAAAGCAGCAAACCAGAAAUUCGACUACAGUCUGAAAUAAAUCUUCUCACUUUGGAAAAGGUUGAACUUGAAAGAAAGUUGGAAUCUGCAACUAAGUCUAAACUGCAUUACAAGCAGCAGUGGGGACGAGCUUUGAAAGAACUUGCCAGACUUAAACAGCGGGAGCAAGAGAGUCAAAUGGCUCGUCUUAAAAAACAGCAAGAAGAAUUGGAACAGAUGAGACUACGUUACCUGGCUGCUGAGGAAAAAGAUAUAGUAAAAACCGAGAGACAAGAAUUGUUGGAUAUAAGAAAUGAACUGAACAGGAUAAGGCAACAAGAACAAAAACAGUACCAGGAUUCCAGAGAGAUUGCGAGUGGAAAAACGGAUGACCCACAUGGCAGUGCAUUGGAAGAAGGUUUGGAUGAUUAUUUGACUCGCCUCAUAGAAGAAAGGGAUACUUUGAUGAGGACGGGUGUGUAUAAUCAUGAGGAUCGAAUAAUAAGUGAACUCGACCGACAGAUCAGAGAGGUUUUGGCAAAAAACAAUGCCAGUAAUUAAUAACAUUUGGAAAAUCUUUACGGAGACUCUGGGUCUAAAUUUUAAUUGUAAAGCCCUUAAAAGAAGGGAAAAUGGAUAUUUUAGAAUACAGUUUUCAAUUUUUUAUAAGCAAAAUUUUGUAUGUUAUUGUAUAGUAUUUAUUCGAUUUUAUUUACUUUAUGCUACCUCUACCACUCUGGUUUAUUUGUAAUGCAUUUUAUAUACUCAUUUUUAAUGACUUUUCAGUGUUUCUCAUAAUUUAUAAUUUCAUGGCUAACUUUCAAACAGCUUUUCACUAAAUUUGUUCUCAGAGAAAUGACUAGUAAUUUCCAGUUAUAUAUAUACCUUUUUAUGUUGAGUCAAAAGUAUAUGUUGCACUUUAAAAAUGCUGUCCUGUUGGUUUGAAUAGAGAUGUCUUAAAAGCCGAAACCACUUGUAAAUGCAGCUAGUUUUAUUUAAUUCACUUUAGAUGAAUCUUUUUUAACUUGUAACAUUUGCAAGUGACAAGUUUGAAAACAGAAAGCAGGAUCAGUGCAGAGAAGCCAUAUGUGAUCUACUGAGUAACAUUAGUCAUUUAAAUAAAGUUAAUACAGAUUAAACUUGUUUCAACAGCUAUUGAAUUUUCAAAUUUUUAGUGCAAUCUUAACUUUUAAGAGUAUGAAGUAAUAGCUUAGUAAGUCUUCUCUGUCAGCCUCCUGCUCAAGAUUGCAUUAUUUUGUUGAAAAUAGAGAUUUCAUUUUCUAGUUAAUAGUAAUGUUAGUUGUUAAUGUAAAUCCUCUGUAGUAAAACAUGGAAACAGACACACAAACGCUUUAGCUAAGAAAGUAGAGUGAAAACCUACAAUUUUUGAUUCCCCCAAGUUUAAUCAGUCUUUUACAAAAGUACAUGAGAUUGUCAUUGGAUUUACGUAGUGCCACAUCAGUAUAAAUUUUUAAGAAUUCCUUUACAUCGUAUUCUUCAGAGCCAGCAUUUGCCCUCCUCAAAGCAACACUUUCCACUUCCUUUUACAGGGUACUGAAAAGGUUUAAUUAGCAAAUUCACAGAUUAGGUGAACUUUGAAAUAUAUGUACUUUAAAAUUUCUUAUUCCCAAAUAUAAUAAAUUUAACUAUGUACUUUGUAAAGUAUACACUAUUUACUGAUAACUUCCACAAAAGCAGAGUAGGCUCUUUGGUAACACUAAAUUUUCUGUUGUUUUCCAGGAGGUAUAUUUCUUAUUUGUGAAAUUAAAGUCCCUACACACUUUGUAUUUUUCCCCCUUAUUAACAAGUAUUAAUCUAAAAACAACCCAACAGUAAAUAGAGAAAUUACUGAGAGAAUAAUGAAUAUGUGAAUUAUAGCAAGAAUGUGAGAUACUAAUUAUGGCUAGAUAUUUUCUCUCAUUGAUUUUUGUGCCACAUGAAUGGAACAGAGGUAUUUUUAUUUGGGAAGGUCUCGGGUAAAAUAUUGUGACUGUGUCUUCAACUGCAUUGUGUGCUGCAUUUGGCUGUUUUCAAACACUAGAGGGGGCCUUUGAUUUAAAGAAACAAAAAGGACGUUUCUAAAAUGGAUGUGUGGUUUGCCUUCUCUAAGGUAAUCUUUUGGCUGUGUAUUUUAUCAAAUAAAAAUCAUAAUUGUGUGCAUCCUUGAGUUUCUGAGCAGUCUGCUAAUUUUUAAUUAAACAGAUUAAGCAAGUGCUUGGCACUUCCUAUAUCAAGUCACUUUAUAUUUUUGAUUUUUAAGUGCUUAUAUUGCAGAUACUUUUUAUAUGUUGUAAAAUUGACUGGGAGAGUCUAAAAUUUUAACACCUUUCUGUGAUCCUGUAGCAACAGACAUUUCAUUUGUAAGUGGCAUUUAAUAUAUUUACACUGAUUGCUUUACUAAAUUAAAUUAUCAUCAGUGCCUGGGAGCUGAGUAUGACCACAGUAGAUAGAUGAAUGAAUGAGCCAAUGCGCAAGUGAGCAGGUGAGUGAAUAAAAAGCUUCCUCAGUACUAUAUGUAACAGCAGACCUUUCAUCAGAUAUUCUCAUGUGAAACAAAAUUUACCUUUAAAAUGUUUGUGAUUCCUUUUCAUGGAGAAAGCCUAGUUUCCGUGUCUAAGGCUAGCACAUACUGCACGGGAGGUGUAUCACUUCUUCCAGGUAUGUGUGGUGCCAGGUCUGCAUAAAUUGGAAGAGUUCUUUUACAGGUAUAUUCCAGUGAUUCCUAUAUAGACCUGGAAUCCUGUUGCUUUCAGCAUGUGUGGGAAUUUUGAGUAUGAUUUAAGGAUGUAUUAAGGCACUGUAUGAACAACUUAAAGAGUACAACCGGCGAGUCUGCCCAGAGGACUUUCUCAUCCACUUACUGCUCUGUCCAGAUAACUUUCCAGCCCAAAUCUGAGUCCUUAGAUCACCCCAGUGCAUAUUGCUUGUCCUCAGCCACCUCAGAAUGGACUGACCUGGUUCUUACAGUCUAUAGAAAGGGUUCGCUGGUAGCUAUGGAUGGAACUUUUAAAAUUUGGCCUUUCACUACCAUUGUGUCUGGCUUGACUGAAUACCUAACUUGACUUUUUUAUUGAUAUAAUUCACAUACCAUAGGAGUCACCGUUUUAAAGCACGCACUUCAGUGGUUUUUAGUAUAGUCACACGGUUGUGCAGUCACCACUGCUAUCUAAUACUGAAACAUUUUCAUCAUCCCCCAAGAAGACCACACUCAUUAGCAACCAUUCCCCCCUUUACCCCUCCACUCAGCCCUUGGCAGCCUCUAAUCUACUUUCUGUCUCUGUGGAUUUGCCUAUUCUGGACAUUUCAUAUAAAAUGAAAUUCCAAAAUUGAUAUUUAAAAUUGAGAACCUGAUGUAUUUUUCUAUGCCCAGUUUCUAAGGCAUAUAGCAUUUUCUCAGAUGUUAAAUGAUACAGAGAUGCAGUCGGCCCAAAUAAGGGUAUAACAUUUAUCAAUCAGUUAGUACUGCUCAGCUGUUCUAUUAUCCAUUACCUAGUAAAGCAGUGACCCAAAAUAGUGAAUGGAAGAACACCUCUGGUCAGUCGUCUGGUGCUGGAAAUCGGUUAUAGAUACAAGGCGUGUGUAGUACCACUGGUAUCCUAUCAAAAUUGCACACUUUCCCACAUGAUUCCUAGAGUGGGGAGGAGAAGCAUGGUUAACUAGAAUAUAAGGUUCACGAGGACAGAGGUUAAGUCUAUCUUACAUUCUCCGUUUGCCAGGACAGAAAUAGUGCCUGCCCCAUGUAGGCACUCAAUAGUCCCUGCAUUCAUGAAGAAAUACAUGAAGAAAAAAAUUGUGUAUGGUGUGCCAGUCAAAAUAGACGUAAAAAUUAAUGAUGACUGAGGUACUGGGAGAACAGGCUUUCCUGGCCUCACCUCCAAGCCCUGUUGUAACUGAAGGAUUUGUUUGUGGGAUUGUUUGGCUUUUUAAAAGUAUGCUUCAAUUACAUGGAGGAAGAAGGUAGAGAGCGGCUACCUGGGGGAGGGGUGCAGGAAUGGAGAGUUACUGAAUGGAGAGUUUCUGUUUAUGAUGAUGAUAGUGGAAAUGGUUGCACAGCAUUGUGAAUAUAUGUAAUGCCAUUAAAUUGCACACUUAAAAAUUGUUAAAAUUUUGUGUUAUGUAUAUUUUACCACAAUUAAAAAAAAAAUGUUUGCUUCAAAUCUGCCUACCCAGUGUUUAAAUGCUAAAGGGUUUUUUGCGCAUGAGUCUCUUGGCAAGCCAUU